UACGCCCAAAAUAAAAUUUUUGGUUAUGUUUGGUAAAUAUUUUUUGUAAAACUAGAAGAGACCUAUGUUAUUUGAGGUAGUUUUGUUUCUUUGAUUUAAAUUGACUUAAAAAGGUAUUAGUAUUAGUAUAAAAUCUUCUAUAACAGGUGACCAUAAUGGACCCACACAGAGUUACAUGGCAAUUAAAGGCCUUAUACACAGAUGAGAUGUUUACAAUAUCUCCACCACAGUUUACCGUGGGUCGAAAUGCCACUGCUGAUAUAAAGCUUUUCAGUAAUAAGGCAUCGAGGAGACAUUCAAACUUUGUAAUUUCUAUCGAAGGAUCACUUUUGGUUGAAGACUAUAAUAGCAUGAAUGGGACCUACAUAAAUGGUGUCAAAAUUCCCAAAUAUCAAUUGCUCAAACUCAAUUCGGGUGAUAUGGUCAGCUUUGGCAUGGCGUCGGUGGAAUUGGCAGAAAAUACACUCGAUAGGUGUGCAUUUUUCAAAGUUUCUAAACUCGAAAAUCCUGCUUGUCAUCUGGACGAGCCUUACUCCGACGAAACCGUCGAGAACGAAGUGAAUUCAUCGACUCACCCGAAUUGCGAUAACUGUACGUCAGUCACAAAUAAUGUUACUUUGAGUCCGAAUUUGUCCGCGGAAGAUGUGGUCGGCUCUUCACAGAAUCCGGACGAUGUUAUACUUAUUGAGAGCGAUAAGAUAAACUUUCCAAAUGAGGACUCAUCAAGUGACUGUAUGAUUCUGGGCGACGAUCAAAAUGACCAUCAGCAAAUGGAUUUUGAGCCCAUAAGAAGUUCAAGAACGGAGUUGCACAGUGUCCAACAACCAAAGGACUUCCUUCGUGAUGUAGCAAUAAUAAACGGAAUAAAUAUCAAUAAAGACUGCGAACGUGUAACUUCUAGCAGCAGCCUUUCGAAAAGUGUGGAAAAUUUAAAAAUUAUCACAGGAAACUCUUGCGAAACUAGACUUUCCACAUUUCAAAAAGUACAUAUUGGAAACUCUGGCAACGGAGAAGGUGGUUCCAGUUGUCCUAGCAAGGUAACCGAGGUACCCACAUCAACAAAUAUUCCCAACAUGGUUGCUCAGAGGAAAAGAGGUUCUAGCAUUAAUGAAAAAGGCGAUUUAGAAAAACGAGACAAAGGUAGUGCAUCUAUUACAGCUAAUAAUGAAACUGAGGGACAAGCAUUGCCUUCACGUGAAACAGAGAAUGUUUAUCCCUUACCGCUAUGCAACGUAGAGAAUAAAUCCACUUCCAUGGAUAAGGUUCGCCAAAGGAUGCCAAGUUCCGGCAAUAUUAAAAAACCUGAUUUAGAAAAACGAGAGGAAGGAAAUCUGACCAAUAGUCAUAAAUCAUUGUCUAUUACAUCUAACAAAACCACCGAGGGUCAAGUGUUACCCGCCUGUGAUGCAGAGAAGAUUCAUCCUUUGCCUGUAUCUGAUAUAGGAAAUAAACCCACUUCCAGGAACAAGGUUCACCAAAGGAGGCCAAGUUUCGGCAAUAUUAAAAAAGCUGAUUUGGAAAAACAAGAGGAAAGAAAUCUGACCAAUAGUCAUAAAGCAUUGUCUAUUACAUCUAACAAAGCCACUGAGGGUCGAGUGGUACCCGUGUGUGAUGCAGAGAAGGUUUAUCCUUUGCCUGUAUCUAAUAUAGGAAAUAAACCCACUACCACCAAUAUUCGUAAGAAGGUUGGCAAAAGGAGAACCAGUUCUGGCAGUGUUAAAGUAGCUCAUUCGAAAAAACGAGUGGAAAGAAGUUUAUCUGAUCCUGAUAAAGGCGAAGGUGACAUGUUACCUGCUUAUGAAGAAGAAAAGGUCCAUUCUUUGCCUGUGUGCGAUAUAGGAGAUAAACCCACUUGCACCAAUAUUCGUGACAAGGUUGGCAAAAGAAGAACAAGUUCUAGCGGUGUUAAAAAAACUGACUCAAAAAAACAAUACGAAGGAAGUUUGGAAAGCAGGGAUGGAGAACUUUUGGGUGUUAUAUGUAACAAACCACCUGAAGAGCCAGUGUUGUCCGCGUGUGAAGCACAGAAGGUUUGUCCUUUCCCUGUAGAUGAGAAGUGUCCCAGUUCCACAAGUGCAGCGGGCUGCAGACUUAUUUCUAAAACUCCGAGUGGUGCAGGAGACGAUGAAACUGGUAGUUCAGAUAAAUGUAGCAAUGAGUUCAAAAGGCGUGACAGAAGAAGUUCAGAGCAUGAUAUACCUAAAAAGAAAUCAAGACCUGAUAAAUCUAAUGGACAGUUGUCGCUUAAAGUGGAAUUGGUCACUGCAGCUGUUGAAAAAGGAGCAGUGUCCAGUUCACAAGGUGAAAAAGUGAACUCAGUUUUCUCGACAAUCCAAGACGCAUAUGUCAUCGAGUUAUCUGACGACGAAGAUAUUUCCUGCAGUCAGCUGUCGCAAAUGGUGAACCGGGUGAAUUCAGUCAAAAACGAAGAAUCCUAUCAAAAGAUAAAGGACGAACUGGGUCAGAUGUACAAUUUUGACGAGGAAAUUUUAAUAAACGCUGAACCGAUAGCGGUGGAAGAAGCCGAUUAUAGACCAUUUGAAAAUACUCAAGAAAUAUGCAAUUUCCUUGAAACCGAAUCCUCGUCAGAUGAUGAGGAAGUAGUUCUGAUAACAAAUAAUAUAUCCCAUCAAAUGUGUCCAAAUGAGAAAACGUCAAGCGGUUUGGCAAUAUCCGAUUUAGCUAUCAAUUCAAAGGAUGACGAAUCAAAAAAUACACUAAUCCACACGACAAAGCAAACGGAAAUUUUAAAAACAAGAAAAACAUGCGGUGAUUUGUCUUCAGAAGCGAGCGAAUCCAGAAAGGCCCUUCAAAAACGAACGUCCGAUUUUACGAAUAUGCAGCAGGAAUUUAAAAAAAGACAGUCUGCGAAAAUCGCGAUGGACAACAAAAUUAAGGCAACAAUUAAAGAAAAAAGGAGGAAGAGGCUUAAACAAUUGUCUGACGUACAAAAUAAAGCUGCAGAUCAAGUGGCUAAAGGUGAUAAAUUCAAAUCGACCCCAAAAAUUUUGCCAGAGUCCAAAACGUUUAGAGGGGCCUUCCUCCUAGCAGAGCCUGAACCUGUGAAGUCUAAGACCUCCAGGAGAUUUCUAGGAAGGGAUUCUGAAUUGGCAAGGCCGAAAACGCCAUCAGCUGGACUCAGUACGUCAAAGUCAGUAGAAUGUUUAAAACAAAACUUGAACUCAUCUUUGACGACAUCCAAAACCCCAAAAUUAGAUUCCAUAUUAAGUCACAAACUUCCUAAUGUGAAAACAUCAAAAGAAAACAAUGAGGCUCAGAUUAGAUCGAAUACUCCUAAUCCAGAAAAUUCUAAUAGAAAUCGAUCAAGAUCUAGAACACCUAUCCUUUCGUCUACGAAAAAUUCAGACAAUCGCACUGGGUGCCAUCUGUGUAUCGAGGCGACUCCAAAAUCUAAGACAGAAAAACCUCUGAAGUAUGAAUUGAAGCAAAUUGAUCUAUCGCACUGCAAACCAGUCGUCAACACGGGAACAACAUCUUCGCAUGAAAUGGAAAAAGGCUACACCACACCUCUGGCUGAAGUGGACAUUCUGAGUUCUUAUAACUCGAUACCGAGAUAUAAUUUGAGGAGUUCUAAGUCAGCUUCUGCCGAAGACGUCCUUCUGUCUCCUUCUUACUCCGCCAACGUUAUGUGGGGAAUUCACGAUGAAAGACAAAGACAAAUUAAUACCAGGGCAGAACCAAAGAACCAAAGCGUUACUGACAUAGUGCCGAAAAUGUUACGGUGGUUGCCAAAUUGGUUAGAAGAACAGGGUGACGUGGACGUGAGCCCGCCCGUUAACGAGCAACCGGCCAAAAGUAUACCACUAGUAUUCACCGACAUCCAACAUUAUAUCGACAUAUUUACGCCUUUUAUUCUUCUGGAAUCUUGGCAGUACCUAUACAACAGGUUUAGGGAGUCCAAAGAUUCACAAGAGAUCCGUGCCGUUAAAAUAGUCCAUCACAGGAUUCACGACAAUAUUUUGUACAUCGACGCUUCCUGUUACAUCACCGAAGAGGAGGCCAAAACGAACAGUACCUUUAAACCCGAACAUUUUGUGUUGUUGGAAUUAGAACUGAAACGGGGCCAAACACGGUACAAGUCACUAAAAUUUGGGUUUAUUCAGAAAUCUAAAAGAACUCCGAUUAACGAUAAUGACUUCAUUUCCGAAUCUAUGGGACAUCUAUGCAAAGGUAUCCCUCAUACCCACCUCGAAUUUACCGUCAUAACAAUGCAUCUACCAGGCAAACGUCUUUACGGCAAAGGAUUCAUAAUGAAACCCAUCGCCAAUAUAAGUUGCUAUCUUAAACAGAUAACCAAUGUCAAACGUUUGGCGUAUUCUCCAUUGCGAGACAGAAUUCUGAAUCCGAAAAUCGACGACUAUCGCAUAAACGUCACUCAUAAGGAUCUUGCCAUGCCGUUAAAACUCAAUCAGAAGCAGAAAGAAAUAGUUUUGGAGGCUGCGAGCCUUUGUACCGGCCAAUCCCCCGGUAUAUUUUGUAUCACGGGCCCUCCUGGCACCGGAAAAUCCACCGUAAUAGCUAGUUUGGUGCUGCAGAUAUUGUUCAGUAACCGUAAGAACGGGGUUGCUCCUCAAAUCUUGUUAGUUGCGCCGUCCAAUACUGCGGUCGACUGUUUGGUGAGCAAAUUGGUCGAAAAAAAGCAUAAUUUGCCAAAAGAUUGGGAAAAUUUAAGAAAUCACAUCAAAUUUGUUCGAUUCGGUCCAGAGGGUAGUAUUAAUCCCACAGUAAAGGGUUAUAGUGUACAAAACCUAGCUGUAAAAUAUAUGCUAAGCCAGUGCUGGAACCAACAGCAAGACGUUAGAGAAAAUAUGAACGAUAUCGAAGUUUGCAGGCGGGUGUAUGGUAACAGAUACUCUGUCGAACUUCGAAAAUCUGAGGAUAUGAUAUUAAGACAGUGCAACGUUGUUUGUACAACAUUGAACAGCUGCGUUAAUGGAAAGCUGAUCGAUUCCGUUAAUAGGCAGUUUUUAAAUUUUUCUUGUUGCAUCAUCGAUGAGGCAACGCAGUGUCACGAGGUUGAAUCUCUGAUGCCGCUCACAUUGGGCAUAAACAAACUCGUCCUCGUCGGCGAUCCCAAACAGUUAGCGGCAACUGUUACAAAUAUGGAAGCCGCGGCUCUAAAUUACGGCCAAAGCUUUUUCAGUCGUGUCGCAAAUGUUUUCGGUAUUGCGGACCCACGAAGUCCUAUAAAAAUGCUGACCGAUCAAUACAGGAUGCACCCGGAGAUAUGCUCUUUUCCCAACAGAGCUUUCUACGGUGGGAAACUAAUAUCCGUACCGAAUCAUUCAAAUAAAUUACCAUCCGAUAUUCGCCCUUAUUUAGUUUUUAAUAUCGCCACCGAGAAGAGCAACGACAUCAGCGACUAUAUCAAUCUGGAUGAAGUGCAUUUCAUAAAAAUGCUUCUUAGCACUUUGUUGAACAGGUUGAACAAAGAUAAACAGUUUAGCAUCGGUGUGAUAAGUCCGUAUAACGCGCAAAAGGAUAUUAUUAACCGCAAUUUGUACGACUUGAGUAUAAAUGCUAACAUCAAAUUAACAGUCAACACAGUAGAUAGCUUCCAAGGUAUGGAAAACGAUAUCAUUAUUAUAUCAUGCGUAAGGAACUCGACGAAUUCUUUUGUGCAAAAUCUGAACCGUUUGAAUGUCGCUCUGACUCGGGCCAGACAUGCUCUAUACGUGAUUGGAAAUUAUACCUUAUUUAAGGAAUGUAGAAUUCUGUAUGACCUCAGAGAGGAUGCGAAGAAGCGAAAAGUUUGUUUAGAUAUUAAGCAGGAUCCUUCGACGAUAACAAAUUUCAGUCAGUAUAUAUUUAAUAAGGGAACUUAAUUUAGUUUCAAUACGUACAACUAUUCGAAAUAUUUUACUACAUUUUUAUUUGUGAAACUCUUGAGAAUAUUGUUAAAUAAAAUAAAAGAUAAGGUUCCUAGUGAGUAAAUUACGAUGCCAUAUUAAAUGUGUUAGAAUGAGAAUUAUAAGUUAACGAUUAUGUGGUAAGUUUCUGUAUGCCGAGAGUUACUUUUUAUAUUUUCAUGGAAUUCAUUCACACUUAUUUAAGGUCUUUUUCUAUUUCUCUUACUAUUUUUGGACAACUGAAGAAAAUAAUGUCCUUAAUUUUCGUUGGUUUGUAUAUGUAUGCUUACUUUUCAAUAAUUUUCGUAGAGUGAUUGAUUGGAUGCAACAUAUACAGAAGAAAUAAAUUUUUGUUAAGUUUAUUUCGUUUUCAAUAACUGUAAACUUGCUAACGUUAAUCGGACUUGCAGCUGAAUUAGAUAAAAUUAUCUUACGUUUGCAAGACUUCAAUUUUGUUCAAUAGUUUUCACGAUUAUCCUGCUGAGAAAAAAAUACUUGCUUUAAUUUCACAAACACUAUAAAUCUUCGAACAACUUUCACUUGAACCUUGAUGCCGUACACAAAUUGUACAGGAUGAAACUUAGUAGAAGUUCAUAUUAUCUUAGAUCCGGAAAUGCUGUGUUUUGAAUAUAUGGUGUGUUAAAAAAAACGGCUUUUGUAACAGUGCGAGAAUCCUUACAUCGCAUCUUGGCUAUUUGUCUACAUCGAAGUGGUCGUUUUCUUUAAUAUUAAUUUUUUAAAUUUAUAGUUUAUCAAAGAAAUGUGUUCAUGAAAAUACGUUCUGCCAAUUUUUGUAAUUUGUAUUUUUUCGCUCGAAAAUGAGACAACUUGCGAAAACUCAAGAAUCAAAAAAUUGUACUUCUACUGUAGUUUCAGUCAAGCUCUGAAGAAGCCAACAGGAUGACUGGCGAAACGUUAGCUAGUUCGACUCGACAAAAACCGACGCAGGAGGAAUCCAGAAGUUCUGUAAAAAGUAUUACAGUAGCCUGUGGAAGUUUCUUUGAAAAAAAAAAUAGUUCCAUCAUAAUUUUCAUACUGCUCCAAAUUUGAUAAAAUUUAAGAGCUGAACAAAAUUAUUUCUAUCUUAUUUUCUAACAUUAGCUUCACAACUUCUGAAAGUUAUAUUGAUUUUUCCUUAACUGAUAAUAAACUUUGCUGUUUUGAAUUUUACUAUAGAGACAAAAAGGUGGCCUAAUUAAUUCUUAUAACGCGCAUUUGCCAUUUUGUCAAGAAUUUUGAGACUGAUCAUUACCAUAGCCAGCAGAAUUAUAGAUGAAUAAAAUCUAAAUUCAUUUUCGGCGAUAUUUUAUCUUGUGGACUCUAAUAUACAGAACGUUAAAAAGUAUGUAUUCGCAUUGUGUGUUGACAUUUUUCGGCCCAAAUUUUUUAAAAAACUUUGUCAAAAUACAAGUUGCCAGUAAAAUAUUUCAAUGUGUUUCAAUAUGAACGUUUCAGCCCUGUAUUGGACCAUCCUCACUAAAAGCGUAGGCACAGAUAUAUGCUGAAAAUUUCAUGAAUGAAAAGAAAAUGCUUACAACAAUAGAAACAUUUAUUAUUUAUUGUUUAAAUUUAACAGUAGGUUUUACACUAGAUUAAUGUUAUUAUGAUUUUCUGUUCAUUGUUUUAAAAAACGAAAUGAGCAAUAAAUAGUAUAUUAUGCAACAAGUGCGGUAAACGGCCUUUGAC